UGGCAAAUGGGGGUAGUACCGGCCUUAAUGGGUCCAAUUUUAGGACCCAGAACCGGACCCAAAUCUACCGGAUCCGGUUCGGGGUAAUGGUACCCAUUGAAUGCAGCUCUAGUUCACAAUAGGUUUUCCCGAACACUAACAGAGUCCAUAGAUACGUAUCUGCUGUGCCUUUUUUUAAGUAUAAUUCUGUUUUAUGGAGUUAGAUCUAAAUCUAAAGUAUUUUUUCCUCUAAAUUCCUUAGCUUCCCACUUCUCUCAAAAACAACCAACUUUGCCACUUGCAGUUCCUUUUCCAUUUAGAAGAAGAAUUCCUGUGAGAUAAUUUAUUUAUUCCGUUGAUUCACAGCCUCCUCCCUUCUCAAACUCCGACUUUUUUUUUUCUUUCGUAUCAACAAUUACACAAACCUUGGUUGCAAUUCAUGGUUUUGUAGAUUGUUCUCUCCUUUUAAUUUCAGAUUUCCAGCCUUACACCACUUUUUAUCUUCUUCCUGAAAUUUGAAAAAAAGGUUUUUUUUUGUUAGGAUAUCUUCUACAAUUCAUCAUAAACUGUGAUUGAUUGGAAUUUAUAGUCUGUGGCGCUUUAUUUACCAAUCUAUCAGUCAACCAAUUGAUCGGUGGUUAUGGGUGAAGAAGGUGCGAAAGUAGAAUUAUCAUCAACUGAGAAAAGAAGUGAAUGCAACUGUCUACCAUUACCAAAGGCAGCACCUUGGCUUGUCUUUCCUUAUAAAGUAAAAGGUAACAAACAAAAUCAAGCUUUCUAUAAUAUUUGUGAACCCAAUAACAGAAGUUGCAGAAAAUUCAUACCUGAAUUGAGUGGAAAAUCUUACUGGCAAAAGCAUUCUCAUCAAGGCUGGCUAAUUGUUAUUUGUGAUGAUCCAACAUACAACCAUGCCCCCGAACUGGGAUUUUGGUGAUUGUUUUCUGUUGAAUCCAGCAACAUUAGAGACCAUUCGGUUACCUAGUUUAUUACCUUUGUAUCAUAAACGGAAUGAAUAUUCUCUGAUAGACUGUGUUUUGUCAUCCCCUCCUAGAACUAGUACUAGUACAAUUGCUUAUCCUGAUAAUGCUGAUGAUGAGCCAUUGGUUCUAUUGCUUUUUCUUCUUCGCGGAAGAGAUGAUAGCGAUGGUCAUAUGUUUUUGGCCUUUUCUCACCCUGAAGACAAACAAUGGAAAACAAAAUGGGUCUUGUCUCAAGAUUCUAGGACAGACGAAUUCCUCAUUACUUCUCUUUGUUGUUUUAAAGAUAAGUUAUAUCUUAUGUGUGCACUUGAUCAACACCUAGAGAUUGAUAAGGGAAAGCUUUGGGAUAAUGAUGAUGAUUCCCUCACUUUAAAGCCAUUCGAGAUGACCAACAACACUGGAUACCGUUGGAGAGGGAGUGACCAUAUUGAUAGCAGAGAUUUUUACGUGGAAUCUUCUGUUGAACUCUUCAAGGUGGAAAUAAAUUUCAAUAGAAGACAACGCAUAAAGGUAUUCAACUCAGUUGUUGUGUGGAGGUUGGAUUUUACUUCAAAGGAGUCGAAGAUGGUGACUUGUUUGGGAGAUCAUGUUCUGUUUAUCGGAAAAAACACUAGAGCUUGUUGCUCGGCAUCCAAAUUGGGACUCACAAGUGGUUGUCUGUAUUACACACUUCCAGGUGAUCUGGGUUUAUAUAAAUUUGAAGUACAAAGUAGUGGUAACUCUGUUAUUUUGCCGUGUUUAAAGCUACCAAGGCCAUGGUUCUCAUCAGAUUGGAUCAUGAUUCUUGAUGGACGGAAACAAGAGGAAGAAGAAGGAGAUAGCAUGGGAAAGGCAGUCGAAAGCGAAUCAAGUAUAAUGGGCUAUGAAAAGAAUGAGAGUGGGAAGGACGGAGGAUUUGAAGAAAUAAGUCCUUGGGAUAUUCUUAAUGCUGUUAUUUUGCCAUUUUUGUCCUGUUUCCCAUCAGAUUGGAUUAAGAUUCUCGAUGGACGGCAACAUGAGGAAGAAAAAGAAGAUUGCAUGAGAGUGGCAGUGGAAAAUGGAUUAAGCAUAAUUACUUAUGAAAAGAAUGAGAAUGAGAAGGAAGGCGGAUUUGAAGAAACAAGUCCUUGGGAUAUUCUUGAUGCUGAUUCUAGAGAGUUGGUUGCAAGUUAUCUUCAUCCGUUGGAUUACGUGCAUUUUCGUUCAGUCUGUAAAACAAUUCGAGCGCUGAUGCCUGUAUCAAAGCCGAUGUUUGCGACGACUAGUAUCACGACGACCUCAAACUUAUUUCCAUGGCUGGUGUUUUGUGGAGAUAACAAUGACACCAUCUACAAUUUUGUAAUCCCUGUGCGUAACAGUGAGUACUAUCUCUUAAAGUUUUCCGAGUUGCUACUUGGUGCUACUAUUUGUUUCCAGAAGGAUGGUUGGCUAUUAAUGUCAAGAAAGGAAAUCCUGUUCUUCUACAAUCCAUUCACAAGGGAAACCAUUAAUCUUCCGCACUUGCCGGGGCAUCAUUUCUCUUCUAGCAUCUGUUUUUGUCCGUUGCCGACUUCCGCAGACUGUAUAGUUUUUGCCAUUGAUCAAAGUGAGCAAGGAACAAUCACGGUCUGUUCCAUUACCAGAGGAAAACAGGUCUGGGAUGUUUUCAACUUCGAUAAUGCUAUUCAGUAUAGGCCAUUGUGUAAUCCUCCAAUUUUGCAUCAAGGGGCUUUCUAUUGCGUGGACUAUAACGGACUUUUAGGAGCAUUUAACUGGAAGGAUAAAACGUGGAAACUUCAUGGGAUUCCCCGUGAAAGAUACAAUGAUACAUAUCCGAAUCCAAGUUUCCUGGUGAAGAGUGGAGAAGAUCUUUUAUUGGUGAGAGUAGGAUGUGAAGAAAAGCUGGUUAUAGUCUUAAAAUUUGAUUUCCCCGUCAAUGACUGGGUUGAAGUUGCAAGUUUGGGGAAGCAUAUGCUGUUCAUCAGCCACACCUCUUGCUUUUUAGCCAUUGCUCCGAACAGUCAAAUGGAGAAUAAAAUAUUUCUCCCUAGACUUUGUUUGAAUGGAGAUGGGAUUCUGUUCUAUUCUCUUGAAACCGGUAGGUAUGACUCUUUUGGGGGUCCGCAUACUUCUAUGAAUUUAUAUGAGACAGAGGGCUGGCGUGCAAACUGCACAUGGAUUGAACCUAAUUGGUCUAAGUUCACUUCUAGAGAGCUCAUCUGGGUCGAGCCUACUUUUUAAUCUUUUGGUACGUAGUUUGUCUCCUCUCUCUUUUUCUUUUUUUUUUUUUUUUUGGCAGUGGUAAUAAUUCUAAAACAAAUACUGUUAAAUUAUAAGUUGAGAUGAAAUAAAAAAUGUGUCAUGAAAUUAUCAGUUUAAUGACCUGCUAAGAGUCUAUGGCUAUGUUUUGCUGAUCUUUGAAUUUAUCUACUCAUGCCAACACCCUUGAUUAAUCACGCUAAUCUUUGGUUGGAAGUGUAUUCUCACUGCAAAAUCCUUUUCAGUGCCUUAUGUUACUUGCUUGAAAUGUAUCCAAAAUGCAUCUUCAACUCUUCAUCUUUCAACAUUUUUCGUCGAGAGAGCAAAUAUGAAGAUAUAAACUCUUGGUUUCAAUCAGAAGAUGAUUUUCAGGGUUGAGUUUAUGGGUUGUAGUUAAUUUUGUUUUUGUAUAUUGGUUCAAACUAGGUAUCAAGCUGGGGCUCAAACUUCUUUGUGGUAGCCUGUUUUUAGGGUUAAAAUUCUUCGUCCACUUUUGUUUCCCAUGUUUCUCAGAUUGCUCCGAACAGUCAAAUGGAGAAAAUAAUAUGUCUACUUUGUUUGAAUGGGAAUGGGAUUCUGUUCUAUUCACUUGAAAGUUGAAACUGGUAGGUAUGACUCUUUUGGGGGUCGGCAUGCUUCUAAGAAUUUAUAUGAGACAGAGGGCUGGCGUGCAAACGGCAGAGGUAUAUCAAUUAAUGCUUUGUUCAAUCUUGAAUUCAAGUGAUUCGGCAUUAUGGUUUGUUGUAUUUCAUCUUAAUUUCAUGAUUCUGUGUGGUGGUUAUCACUAGAGAAAGUUUUGAUCUUUAUGAUGUUUUUGGGCUUGCUAUCAUCAUUUGAAUGAGCUCCAAAAGAUGCUUUAAUUACAGAACUUCCAGGUUUUAGUGGGAUUUUCCCAUUUAUACACUACUCUAGGUUAAUAGUCUUCCUUUACGUUUGGAAAUUCCGUUGUUUUUAUACUUGUACUGAAAUUUUGGUUGUUUUGGUGAAUUGGGUAUUACAGAUAUGUGAUUAUAGAUAAGAAAAGUGGGAAGAAUUUGUUCUAUUACUUUGUAGUUUCAGAAAGAAAAUAAUGUGAAGAUCUUGUUGUUCUUCGGCUGCUUUUCUCAUUUGUUUCCCCACAUAAUAUGUUGGUGAGUACCAGCAACGGUACGGGUGCAGUUAAAGUAAUCCAACACAACAACAACAAGAGGUCAUUUGAACGCGCCAAAAGAGGUCAUUAAAAGAUGACGGUGUUACUCAGUUUAGUUCUGAUUCUAUUUGCAUCCGAUGCCAUAGUUUAUUUGUAAUCCAACACAACAACAAGAUGCUAUCCUGUGGUCUUGCUGGCUUGCUGCCACCAGGAUGCUAUUCUAGUCGCUUUUGGCCUUCUUGGUCGAGAUCCUUUUGUUGCUGUUCCAAAUGGUUUUGGAUGUGGUCUUGGGGCACUGCAGUUGAUAUUAUGUGCCUUCUACAGAAUCCCAAAAGCAAAUAUGGUGGUUUUGCUGUCGGUUAUGGGACCAAUGUGAUGGCCACUGCUACUUGUAGUAUAACCAAAUAUGAUGAUUUGAUUAAGCUGGGUACUGAGAAACCUCUUCAAAUGACUGCUGCUACAUGUGUCGAUAGUGGAAUCAACAUUUUGUAGGUUGUCUUGAUUCUUUUUGAUUAUUAAGAGUGGUAUAGGUCUUCAGUGAUUUAGUGGCUAUUUAGUUGUUGUUGGUCUAUUUAGUGAUUCAGUGAUUUAGUGGCUAUUUAGUUGUUGUUGGUCUUCUGCAGGAUAUUAUGCAGUCAGUUUACCAAGUCAUGUAAGAACAAUUACAAAUUGUUAGAUCUCAUGUCUCCACUUGGUCAUGUCUGUAACAGGGAGGGCGGAUCUAUACAUCACUCCCACAUAAACGUUAUCAGAAUUUAUUCAAAAGGAUCUCU